GUCAACUUUUCAACCGGCGCCAACAUCAGCACCAACAGCGCUGUUGUUGCUACAGUUGGCUCGGGCCUGAGUUCUGGUGAACCGUCAACGGGGCCUCAUUUGCAAGUCAGUCCUGACAAUUGGCUGAGUCGGCUGGAGCGACUUGUGCCCAGGUGGGUGGUUGUCGGGCCGGGUCACGGAUGCGAUCGGGACGGGAAGAAGGGCACCGGUUUCGGACAAAAAGAGGCAAGCACAAAAACCUUGUGGUUCACGUGGGCAAAUGCUGAUAGAAUCAAAGGUCGAAUGAGUGGGCUUGCAUCAGCUACUCCCUGGGAUGGGUCAAGCCGAGGCAACAGUCAGAGUUGA